GUAGGUGCCCUCCACAGCUGCGAGUGUGACUUCUUUUGGAGUGACACUCGGUAGUGUAGGGGGAGUGUGUAAGGGGCGGUUUGGGAUUCAGCCCGGGCCUGAUCAGGAGCCAAAACUAGAAGCACCUGGACACAAACAGAAGUCUGAGGAGUCACAAGCAGAAGGAGAUUUCCAGAAUCACCAGAAGAAGCUUCUGGAAACUGUGUGUCUCUGAUCACCUGCAGCGUCGAUGCAAAGAGAAGAAGAAGCUCUGCAGCCUGACGGGUGGGGCCUGGCUAGUUCCUGGAUGGGAGAAGCUGGGAAUAGCAGAUAGAUGCUGGAAGCUUUUAUCUGUCCAACCUGCAGAGGGCGCUGCUGCUGCUGGACUGGAAACAGCCUGAAGAACCAGAGAAGGAAUUAUUCUGAAGAUAUGGAGAGAAAACACACAAGUAAACAGUGGAGCAGCUACAAUCAGUGAUUUUAGACACUGUUGGCUGAUUUCAUCUGGAAGAUAUCAGAUAAAUGGAGGAAAAUGUUCAAUAUUUCACAUUAAAACAGCAUGAAAGUGAAUUAGUGAGGCAGGUUCUCAGCUGUAAGGACAUUAAAUGCUCCUUAAAAACAGAAUUUACAAAGUGAUGUUGUGGGUCUAGAGGCUCAAAGUGUGACAUUUACCAAACUGUGUGUAAUUAUGAGAGUCAAAUAUACGAAUGAAGCAAUGAAAUGGGAAAAUUAUUUGAAAUUCUUCAAAGUUUCAAUGGAUUAAUUCAAUCUAAAAGACAUUUUAAUGAAUGUGGAAAAACAACAGGAAGUUGUUUAAAGCAAAGACACAGAAAAAACAGGAAGUGAUCAAAUCCAAGAAGAGACUAAAGGAGAGCAGAACACUAAAGUAUUGAGCUUCCACAUUGAAAUGAGGAGUGGAUUAAAGUCCACAGCAGCAGACAAAGAAGAAGAUGAAGCCACAGAAGGUUUGGAUUCCUCAGGUGACAUGUAGAGUGUAGAUUCCCUCUCUGACUGUAGUUCCUGUAAAACAGCUUCUCAGGACAUUUAGUGUUGAAAUGGAGUCAUCACUUCUGGGAUUGAUUCUUCUUUAUUCUUCCUAAAAGCUUCAUAUUUAUAGAAUUAGAAAGAAAUGGAAAAUGUUCCCAAACACACAUUUUCACCACAGACUGAUCCAUCAGGUUUCCUGCUUCGUUUCCCUGACAACAGUGACGUUACGGCCGUUCCUGUUCCUCAAAAUAGUUCUGCUUUUACCGUCUUCAUGUUGCAGCUUCUUUUCUCCGUCUGAAGAGUGAAAGAUGACGACACCUAAAGAAAUCCUUCUGGAGAGUUUGGAAGAAUUGGGAAAAGAGGAGUUUGACAAAUUCAAAUGGUACUUGAACCAGGAAGGGGUCCUAGAAGACUUCAAAUCAAUCCCAAAGUCUCGAUUGGAGGAGGCAAACAGGGUCAACAGCGUGGAUCAAAUGGUCCAGAUCUAUGGAACUACAAAUGCCAUUAAAGUCACCAAGAAGGUUUUAAUAAAGAUGGAUAAAAUUGAACUGGUGAGGAAAAUCUCAGGAACCAUCAAAACACCUAAAGAGAUUCUGUCCAGGUGUCAAGAUAAGCUCAAGUCUAACCUAAAAAAGAGGUUCCAGUGUGUGUUUGAGGGCAUCGCUAAAGCAGGACAGAAAACCCUUCUGAAUGAGAUCUACACAGAGCUGUACAUCACAGAGGGAGGGACUGCAGAGGUCAAUGAUGAACAUGAGAUCAGACAGAUUGAAGCAGCAUCCAGGAAACCAAACAGAGCAGAAACAACCAUCAGACCAGAAGACAUCUUUAAAGACCCAUCUGGAAAAGACAAACCAAUCAGAACGGUGAUGACACAGGGAGUGGCCGGCAUCGGGAAAACAGUGUUAACUCAGAAGUUGACUCUGGACUGGGCUGAAGACAAAACCAACCAGGACAUCCAGCUCAUGUUUCCAUUCACGUUCAGAGAACUGAAUUUACUGACAAAGAGAAAGUUCAGCUUGGUGGAGCUUGUUCAUCACUGUUUCACUGAAACCAAAGCAGCAGGAAUCUGCAGCUUUGAAGACUUCCAGGUUGUGUUGAUCUUUGACGGUCUGGAUGAGUGUCGCCUUCCUCUGGACUUCAAAAACAAUGAGAUCCUGACUGAUGCUACAGAGUCCACCUCAGUGGAUGUGCUGCUGACAAACCUGAUCAGGGGGAAGCUGCUUCCCUCUGCUCGCCUCUGGAUAACCACACGACCUGCAGCAGCCAAUCAGAUCCCUGCUGACUGUGUGGACAUGGUGACGGAGGUCAGAGGGUUCACCGACCCACAGAAGGAGGAGUACUUCAGGAAGAGAUUCACAGAUAAGAAGCAGACCAGCAGCAUCAUCUCCCACAUGAAGACAUCACGAAUCCUCCACAUCAUGUGCCACAUCCCAGUGUUCUGCUGGAUCACUGCUUCAGUUCUGGAGAAGCUGCUGAGAUCCAGAGAGGGAGGAGAUCUGCCCAGAACCCUGACUGAGAUGUUCAUCCAACACCUGGUGGUUCAGACCAAAGUCAAGAAGGACAAAUAUGAUAGAGGAGCUGAGACAGAUCUAGACACCAGGAGGAUGAUUGAGUCUCUGGGAAAACUGGCUUUUGAGCAGCUGCAGAAAGGAAAGCUGAUCUUCUAUGAGUCCGACCUGACAGAGUGUGGCAUCGAUAUGGAAGCAGCCUCAGUGUACUCAGGAGUGUUCACACAGAUCUUUAAAGAGGAGAGUGGACUGUACCAGGACAAGGUGUUCUGCUUCGUCCAUCUGAGCAUUCAGGAGUUUCUGGCUGCAGUCUACAUGUUCCACUGUUACACCAACAGGAACCAGAAGGUUCUGGAGGACUUCCUGGGAAAAGACUGGAAAUACUAUAACAAUGACACUCUGGAUGUGUUCAUGUACAGAAUCAUGGAGAAAUCCCUCAGAAGUAAAAAUGGUCACCUGGACCUGUUUGUUCGCUUCCUUCAUGGCCUCUGUCUGGAGUCCAACCAGAGACUGUUAGGAGGUCUGCUGGGUUGGACAGAGAACCAUCCAGAAAUGAUCCAGAGAGUCAUCAGCAACCUGAAGAAGAUGAACAGUGAUAAAAUGUCUCCAGACCGAAACAUCAAUAUCUUCCACUGUCUGAUGGAGAUGAAGGAUCUCUCAGUACAUCAGGAGAUCCAAGAGUUUCUGCAGUCAGAGAACAGAUCAGAGAAGGAACUCUCUGAGAUCCACUGCUCAGCUCUGGCCUACAUGCUGCAGAUGUCAGAGGAGGUUCUGGAUGAGUUGGACCUGAAGAAGUACAGAACAUCAUUGGAGGGACGACUGAGACUGAUUCCAGCUGUGAGGAACUGCAGAAAGGCUGGGUGAGUCCAGAUGUGAUGAACAUGAUCAGCAGUUCAGUUCUUCAGAUGUUCUCCAGAACAUUCUCAUUAUUCUCAGUGUUCCACUUGUUUAUUUCAACCAUCACAUUUCAGCUGUGUUUAGUCUCAGAUGUUCUUGAUGUUUCAAAUGCUGUGAAAAUGUAGGUUUUUCAUUUGCUUGUGUUUAAAGCUGUUAAAUUAAAAACUGUUUUAUGUUUCAUUCUAA